UCAUUUCAUAAACACUGCUACGCCCACGUCACGGCUAUAAAUCUCUACAUUUUCCCUCUCCGUUUCCCUCUUCCUUUUUCCAUAAUCAGAAAAAAGAAAGAAAAGAAAAAAUCACUUCGCCGGAAAUGCUCUCUUCCGCUUCCCUCCGAUCAAAAUCAAUUGAACAAACUUAGAACCUUCGUUACGUAACUUCUAGCUGAUUCCGAACUCCAUUUCUCGAUUCAGGUGCGCGUUUGCCGUUUAGAGAGGAAGCUAGGGCUCAGAGAUGGAACUGGUACCGAUGAGCAUCAAUUUCACUCAGAUCUUCGAUUCAUGGCCUCAACCUCCUCACAAUCUUUACUCCGCCGUAAAACCACCUCCGGAGCCUUCUCUAACCGCCUUGAUGGACUCCCUACGGCGAGACAGCAAAUCCGAGUUCGUCUCCCGCGCGAAACGCGUCUUCCUAGGUCAAGACUCGGAGCGCGAGCGAGGCGAGGCGCUCAAGCUUCUCGCCGCCUGCUGCGGCUGCGAUUCCGUUAGCUGCGCUUCGUCCAUCUUCAACGGAGACAUCGGAUCGGUUCCGUACAUCAACGACGCGGCUGAGGAUACGGGACUCUCGCCGCUGCACGCGGCGGCCGAGGCUAACGCGCCGAGGUGCGUGGAGAUGCUUAUUAAGCGACGCGCUCGUACGGAUAUGAGGAGCAAAGACGGACGUGCUUUGCUUCCUCUGGAGCUUUCUCUCUGCAGCGGAAGCAUGGAUGUGACCUGGGAUCCAAGUGGUGACUCUCUUGGAGACUUGGUUCUUCUCCUUGGUGACAAGGAUCUGACGGUGGUGAGACUACUUGCUGAAAAGACGAAGGAAGUGGACGUUGUGGCACAUUCAUACGCCACGGCUGGUGAAAUUGUUCCUUUGACUGCGUUGCUGAUUGUAGCGGUUGAUAAGAUCAGAGAGGCUAGUGUGGCGUUACAGGAUGUCGAUGAUUCUGUGUGGACAAAGCCAAAGAAAACGAUCUAUGAGUCUGUUAUUCGAGAAGCAUUGCGUAGUAAUAGCAAGAAAAGAAUGCUUUUGUUGCGGGAGAUUGGGCUCCUUCAGCUCUUUGGUGCUGCAGUUUUUAGUGAAUCUGUGGACAAGCAAACCUCGCCGCUUUUCUCCAUUGUACAGGCUGGAGAUGAAGCUGUUCUUGAACUGCUUAUAAACACGGACAUUGAUGUUAACGAAACAGAUGCAGAAGGGAACACAGCUCUUCAUUGCUGCCUGAAGGGAUCAUCUGUGCCACAUAAGCAACAAACCAGAAUCAUGAACCUACUUCUUGUACACGGUGCUCGAAUUACACAUAAGAACAAGUUGGGUUUAUCUGCAGUCCACUUAGCUGCCGCAAAUGGCAAUUUAUCUGCACUUGAGAUUCUACUAGCGGCCUACCCUGAGUUGGUUCACUACCGAACAGUAAUCAAAGAGACACCACUAUUCUUCGCAGUGAAGAAUAACCAUCUUGACUGCGUUGAGUUGCUACUUCAGUGUGGAGCAAGUUCAGAAAUUCAUAAUCUACGAAAACAGAGACCAAUAGAGCUGACUCAGUCACAAGAUAUACGAUUCCUCCUUAACCCAACAAACAUCACUUGCUCUAGCAAAGAAGCAGAACCUGCUAAAGGAGAUGAUGAAGAAACCAGUUUCGCUGGCACUACCGUGCCACCAUGGCUCAAAAAGUUCGUAAAGUGGCUUCCUCGGCAUCUCCGAGAUGUAUCAGACAGGUACAGAGAGAUUAAUGGAUAUCCCCUCUCAUCACUCAAAGCCGAUUUCAGAGCUGAUUUUGGCAUGGAACUCAACCACUCCUCCCUGGGCUUUUCCAAACUCAUCGACUUCAUCAAAUAUUUUCCAAAACUCUGUCAAGUUAAAUGCGUCCUCGUUGGUGAUUCUGGACUUGCAACCCACUGGGUGAUGUUACCCUCCAAGUGUUCUCAGCUCAAAGGAAGACCUCCAGAGCCACUCAUCAUCAAAAACAACGACUCUUUCUUUCCCAACAAACCGAAGGCCUCAUCAGCUCCAGCUCUCAAGUACACACAACAAGCACAUGAUUCUCAAACCUUGAAGGCCGCCACUCUGAACAAUGACUCUCUCUCUCCCAACAAAACGAAAGUCUCAUCAACCCCAGAUCUUAUAUGCAGUGGCAGCUUCAUACAACAAGCACAUGUCUCUAAAAUCUUGGAGCCAGAAGUAGAGCCUCAACCUCCCGUGGAUGCAUCUUACAGCAACUAUCGUCAAGUAAAACAUCCGGUUCUAGAGACAGCUUCACAUGUAUCUAAAACAUUGAAGCCAGAACCUUCCUUGGGUGCUUCUUACAGCUAUCAUCAUCAUCAGCUAAAACAUCCGGUUCUAGAGGCGCUUGCAAGGAUCAGAAACAGCACAUCCAUAUUCUUUCUCCGUGAGUUCGACUUUUAUCAAAGCUAUGACACGUGUUUAAGGAAAGGAAUGUGUUUCUGGUGCAACAAGAGCAUGCUUCUAUGGGCAAACUUCCCAUGUCGACACAAACUCUGGUGCAGCUCUUGUAAACACAAGAUUGCACAAUCUGCAGGCGACCACCACAAGUGUGUGAUCUGUGACGCUAAAGUCGAAUGUUUCAUCUUGUCUCCACCGUUUGGGUUCGAUCAUCAUAGGCAUUCAAGUCGUCUCCCUAACGAUGCUGAAAUAGCGACUUGGUUCCUCGAAUAUCUGAUAUAAGAAAUUCCAUGAAGAAGGGGAGCAUUCAUUUGGAUCAUGGGAUAUAAGAGAAGGAAAGAAACUCCUCUUGUGUGGUAAGUGGGUUUGACUCGUGAAACAAAAAAAAAAAUAAGUAGAAUGAAAACAGAUGAAAGCUCUUCUUCUUAAUAACAUGGAAAGUACAUAUAGUAUUGAACA